UAGAAUUUCAAAUAGGUGACAAAGUCUUUCUAAAGGUAGCACCAAUGAAGGGUGUAUUGAGAUUUGGAAAGAAAGGGAAGUUGAGACCAUGGUUCGUCGGACCUUUCGAAAUUCUUGAAAGGAUUGGUAGUUUGGCUUACAGACUUGCCUUGCCACCUGAACUAGCAGCAGUGCAUAAUGUGUUCCAUGUUUCGAUGCUCAGAAAAUAUGUUCAUGAUCCCAAUCAUGUGGUAAGUUAUCAGACAUUGGAUGUACAAAAAGAUCUAUCAUAUGAAGAAAUUCCGACGGUAAUUUUGGAAAGAAAGGUACAUCAACUCAGGAAGAGAGGAGUUCCACUGGUUAAAGUACAAUGGCGAAAUCAUGGACGAGAGGAAUCAACUUGGGAGAAAGAAGAAGAGCUUAGAACCAAGUAUCCAUAA